CCGCGUGAUAGUAGAUCGAGAAAGGAUUUCCCUGUGGGUUUAGGAUUGAGCUUCCAAGAAACCAAAUUGCGAUAGGAUCGUGGGAGGAUCCGCGGUUAGAGUUGAAACGAUUCAUUGUUCCGUUGCGAUUUUCGCAUCGUCAUAUUGGCUAAAAACCCGUAAAUAUCACGAAUCGGUGGUCGGCGUUGAUCUGCAUCUGCGAUUCCGUUGGCCUGAUUACCUUAGCUAUUUUGGACUAAGAACUAUUCCUGGGGAAGUAAAGUAAAGAAGUUUCGUGUUGUUGAUUUGGUGAUCCACUAAAGCAUUAUUACGAAGCAGUGGCUUAAGUUCAAAUUUGUUGUUCUUGAAAGCUUGAAAAUGGCUAGCAUUGAUCCAUUUAAUCGCUUGGUGAAACUUGCGGCGAGGGCAUUCUAUGAUGACAUAAGUACUAAAGGUGAAAACCAAGCUAAGGCUGGGAAAAGUGACAACAGGGGAAUUGCAGUGGUUAUUCUUGAUGCUCUUACUAGACGACAAUGGGUUAGGGAAGAAGAUUUGGCUAAAGACUUGAAACUUCAUACUAAGCAGCUUCGUCGGGCUUUGAGACUCUUUGAAGAAGAAAAGCUUGUCACUCGUGAUCACCGCAAGGAGUCCUCCAAAGGUGCGAAAAUUUACAAUGCUGCUGUGGCUGCCACGGUUGAUGGUCAUGUAACUGGAAGAGAAGGUGAUGAAAAGCUUAAAAUGCACACACAGUCGUACUGUUGCCUGGAUUAUGCGCAGAUAUAUGAUGUGGUGAGGUACAGAAUACAUCGCAUGAGAAAAAAACUGAAGGAUGGACUGGAGAGCAGAAACACAAUUCAGGAAUAUGCAUGCCCAAGCUGCAGCAGGAGAUAUACUGCUCUUGAUGCACUUCGGUUGAUCUCCCCAAGUGAUGAAUACUUUCACUGUGAAAGAUGUGAUAGUAUCCUUGUGGCUGAGAGUGACCAGUUAGGUGGUCAGGAAUUGAGAGAUGGAGAUGAUAACUCAAGCAGACGUCACCAUGAUAAAGUGAAAACAAUGCUAAAUAAGAUGGAGGAACAGCUAAAACCACUGAUGGAUCAAAUAGCAAGAGUUAAGGAUUUGCCUGCUCCUGAAUUUGGAAGCCUUCAAGCUUGGGAACUUCGGGCAAAUGCUGCUGGCCGAGUUACAAGUGGAGAUUUUAAUUCCAAUGACCCUUCGAAAUCAUUGCAUGGAACUCCCAUGCCUUAUGUCGGGGAGACGAAGGUUGAAGUUGCAUUUUCUGGUUCUGGUGACGGAGGGGAAGAUGUAAAACCAAACACAAAUGAACCCAUGAAGGUGCUACCUCCAUGGAUGAUUAAGCAAGGAAUGGUUCUUACGAAAGAACAACGUGGAGAGACAAAGCCUGAGUUAAACAUGGGCAGUACAUCAAAAUCUUCAGCGCAUUCUGAUGACAAGAAGUCCACAGUCGUAAAUGAGGAUUCAAAAACUAUACAGGAUGAAUACUAUAAGGCUUAUUAUGCUGCUCUGCUUAAGCGCCAACAAGAAGCUGUCAAGCAGGAGCAGGGGUUGCCUAACAACCCAAUUGAUACAAACUCGCAGCGUCAGGUUGGCAUGAAGUCAAAACGUGAAGAUGAUGAUGAGGACGAUGAUGUUUGGGAGGAGGGCUCUUCUAUAGGCAACACGUCGGCAGCACAGUUUAAGGUUAAUGACUUGAAUGUAGAAGCAGCAGCUUCUGGUGAUGAUGAAGAUGAAAACGAUUGGGAGGAUGGGUAACUGGCCGAGUUUAGCUGUUCUUGGAACUUGUACUUCUCACGGGGUUUGUUCUUGGUGAAGAAAGGUAAUUUACUCUUCUUGAACGCUGAUUGAUUCCAUUCCAUUCCAUUCUAUUAUAGCGGUGUGUGUUGUUUCUUGCAGUCGAGUUUGUUGGGAAUCACUUGAUUUUUAAUUUUUGUUCAUACACAUAUAUACAAACAUUUUUUACUGUACAAGGGAAGGAUUGGUAAAGUUUUGAGUCUUCUUGGGUAUUUUAGAUUUGAGUUUUUUAAA